AUGGCAAAACCUCCUGAGCCACCAGAAUUAUUUUUGUCUCAAGCAACUGCAAAUACUUUAAAAUUGAAAUGGAAUGUUCCUGGUGAUGCUUCUUUAAUUAAUUAUUAUUAUUAUUUGGAAAGAGAAAAUGAAAAUGGGACUUAUUCACCUGUAUAUGAGGGUGAUUUGAGAACUGCCAAAGUUAAAGGAUUAAGAGAACUUACAAUGCAUCAUUUCCGAAUUCGUGCAGCCCUUUCAAAAGGGACAAUGCUUGGCACAUGGUCUACCCGUUAUUCAUUUCAAACAACUAGACAACCUCCUGCUCCACCUAAACAAGCUCCAACAGUUUAUGAACUCUCUAAUGACCUUUUCAAUUUUGAAUGGAUCGCGGCUCGAAGCAAGGAUUCCUCUUCUGCAGAUAUUCAACGGUUAGAUGCAGGAGGAUCUUCUUCAGCCAAUGAUUACCAAAAUUCACAGAUUAUUUAUCGACUUCAGAUUGCCCCCAAAGUUGCUUCAUCAGCAAAAGAAAAAUCGGUUGUUGAAAUAUGGAAGACUGUUUAUGAGGGGGCCAAUACUUGUUUUACCCUUUCAAUCCCAAAUACAAACCAACAACCACGUCAAGCACGUCUUUUUAUUGUUCAACAAUUUUUUGAUAAUAAUGAUGGACAUUUGUUAGAUGAAUGUGUUUCUGCCCCGUCAUCUAUUGUUGUUUUUUCUUCACAAAAGUCGCCUAAUGAAUCUCCCAAGAAACGAGCUAUUCAUGGAGGGAAAAAUUCUUCAGGUUUUGAUUCUGAAAUUUUUUAUAAGGCUCCAAACAGUUAA